AUGGUUCGAGAAUCCAUUCUGCACUGGGGUUGUCCAGUCAUACUUCAUUUGGAAGCAAAACAAGAGGGCAAAAAAGGAAUAUGGAAAUUGAUUGAGAGGGACAAACAGCUAAAGUGCACAAAUUGUGGUGAAGCACCAGAUCAUUGGCAGUAUGUCACGCUGCUGGAGAGCAGUCCAUUGAAGGGUGGACGAGGCCAUGCAAGCUUCGUGUCCAAGUGCAAGCUUUGUUCCAGGGAGAGUUCUAUAGAUAUCAUCCCUGAUUCAAUUGGGAAAUACUCGAGCGAUGACGAGGGCUUCAAGUCGGUGGUCCACUUUGAUUGUCGGGGUUUGGAACCUGUGGAUUUUGAUGCAAGAGUUGGCUGGGUUGCAGAGGGGACAGACACAGGGACCCGAUUCGAAGACAUUGACCUGAAGGAGAAAGAAUGGGUGGAUUAUGAUGACAAGGCUAAAGCAUCUGUUGGAAUUUAUGAAUUUGAGCAUCAGUUUCAUAAAGAAAAGUGAUUUCCAAUGCAUGCUACUUUGAGGUACUUCUUUGUCAAAUGCAAUUUCAGACUAUUUUUACACUCUGUGAUACUGAAGUGAAUCGGACUAAUGCUGAUGUGCUAGUCCACCAACAGCAAUUAUUUUUACUGCACUGGUGUAGUAAAAAUAAU